AUGAGAUACACGCCUGUGACCGUGCUUCUUCUUGCGGGUCUGAGCGAUGCUCGACCUAGGCCUCAAUUCAACAUCCCCGGGUUCGACUUGCCUUCUUUUGUUCUACCCGCAGGCUGGAGCUUGCCGACUGGAGGCUUCGGCUUGGGUACUGGAUCCGGCGGUGUCGGCUCUGGAGCUGGGUUCCCACUUCCGUCUUUUGGCAGUCUUCCUGGAGCGACGGGCGCUGCCUCUAGUGUACAGGCCACUGCGACCCCGACCAGUGCUGCAACGCAGCCCACUUCAACUGGAUCAGCUGGUGGAAGUGAGACAGUAGGAAGCGAUUGCACCCCCCAAGCGGGCAGCAGUAACGGCUUCGGUGGCACCGAGAACGGUGUUACGGACAAGAACUGCUGUACAGGUUUAACCGUCAUCUUCGCUCGCGGAACGACUGAGAUGGGUAAUGUCGGAUCUGUAAGCGGUCCGCCAAUGUUCAAGAGCUUGAGGUCGAAAUUGGGAGAUGGUAAAGUGACUAUACAGGGUGUUGACUACCCUGCCGACGCUGCCGGAAAUGCAAACUUGGGUGCCUCAGGCGGUCCUGAGAUGGCGAAACUCGUCAAGGCGGCCAUAUCGCAGUGCCCCGACAGCAAGAUCUUUGUCUCCGGGUAUUCACAAGGUGCAAUGGUCGUCCACAAUGCGUUCAAGCAGGGGAUCUCCGCUUCGGAUGUCACCGGAGCAUUGAUGUUUGGUGAUCCAUUGAAAACCCAGAGCAUCAGCGGUUUGAGCACGGAUAAGUUAAAGGAGUUCUGCGCGACGGCGGACAGCAUCUGUGGCACUGGAGACAACCCACAAGGUAGCCAUAUCAGCUACGGGAGUGUGGCUGACGAGGCUGCGGACUGGAUCAUAAAGGCAUCUGGCUUGUCUUGAAGCGUAUGCGGAGCCUUGAGAUGGAUGAGGUGGAAAGUCAGCA